AUGUCCCCCCCUAGCCUUGACCAGUAUGAUUGGUGGAGAAACAUGGCCCCAAUGCUGGGGAAAAUGCUUUACGACGCCAAGUACAGUCUAUGCCAGCAGUUUGAGCACCUGUACCUCUUUGGCACCCAUAUUAUACCGAUGCUUGGACCAUUUCCAACAUCCAGACCCGGACUGUAUAAGUGCAUUCUCGGGGGUCUUGGGCCUCUUGAGUUCAGUCAGAAUUGGACCAAGCAACAAGCAACAGUUCGAAUCGCGUUCGAGCCUACCAGUGCAGCUGCAAGUACUGGUGAUGACCCGUGCAACAGGCUGAUGAUCAACGAAGCCUUGAAUCGGCUGAAACAAUUGCGUCCGCAGGUGGAUCUGCAGCUAUAUCACCAACUGAUUACAAGUCUUACGGUAACCGAUGAGGAACAACACUAUCUUUCCUCCCGUCACGAACUGGACUCCCAGCCCUCUAAAACUCAGACCAUCCUGGCUCUAGACUUGAAAGGCAGUGAUCUAUCUGUCAAGUUAUACUUUUAUCCUCUUGUCAAAUGUGCAGCAACCGGAACGCCCAUCUCGCAGCUUGCCUUCUCCGCAAUUCGAAAGGUUGACGACGGAGGGGUCUUUCGUAGUCCUCUGGCCAUGAUUGAAGACUUCUUGAGUGGUGCUCCUUCCACUACGUCCGUUUGCUUUGUUUCGUGUGACCUUGUGGCACCAAGCAAGACCCGCUUUAAAUUGUAUGUUGCAGAGUUUCAAGUAGACUUUGCCCGCAUAUCAGACAUCUGGACUCUGGGAGGUAGACUCGGAGAUGAGGAGACCCUUACAGGAUUAAGUAUGCUCCGAGAGUUGUGGGGGUCGCUUGGUAUCCCGGAGGGUCUACGUUCCUUUCCAGAAAGGCCCACACAAGCGGGAGAUUCAGCGGACAAGGUCGCGUUGCUGUUCAAUCUAGAGAUUCAGCCACACAAAUCACUGCCCCAACCGAAGGCAUAUCUCCCUCUCACUGGUAUCAAUGACGAAGUUAUCGCACGAACCAUAACCCAUAUUUUUGAGAAAUGGGGAUGGUCAGAACAUUCGAAGUCCUAUACAGAGAACCUAGAAUCGUACCGCCCCGAAAUAGAUCUUAAGCGGAGCACAGAUUUUCAGGCCUGGUUGUCCUUCUCGUAUUCAAAAAUAACCGGGCCCUAUUUGACGAUAUACUAUCACUAG